GUGAAAAGUUGUGGUUGGUAUUUUCCGGCAUACAACGGACGGUAACAUUUGUAGUGCAGAAAAAUCGAGUUUCCUGCGUUUUGAGGCGUCGAAAUAUACGUGUUAUUGUGUAUUUAAAGGGCUGAAAAUAGUGCAGGCCGAUAGCUGAUACUCUUGGCCAUAGAAUAGGAUUGGAAAAUAGUCAGAAUAUGUGGCCGCUGGCCCAGAAAAGGCCUUCCAAAAACGACGCAUGAGACAGCCCGAGAACGAAUUGCGAACCAGAUGAUAUAGCGUGCGAGAGGCAAAGAGAGGCGACGAAGAAGGUGGAGAGAGAGAGGAAGAGAAGAGCAGGCCAGAGUAGACACAAAACUCCGAUUUUGAUACUUUUUCCAAUCUUAUUUCGGCUGCCAUCGAAGUAGUCCUAACAUGGCCGAGGUUGCCGAGGAGGUGGCUCCGGCCCCGACAUUCUUCCAGGAGGACGUGGGUGGCUCUGUGAUCGUGGAACCCGGAGCCCUGCCUCCGACCACUCAAGGAACACUGACACUGCCAGCGGCGGCCAUGAAGUUCGCCGAUCUGACAGAGAGUGGCAGCGAGUCGGGCGACGGGGAAGCUGGUGGCGAGCCCGGGACCAGCGCAUCAGCAUCUGUGUCCGCAUCGGCCGGAGGCAGAUCCUCGCCGCCGCCCAAUUGCGCUAUUUGUCUGUCGCGCUGCCGGCGCAAGUGCUUCACAGACUCCUGCAUGCACCAGUUCUGCUUCAAGUGCCUCUGCGAGUGGAGCAAGAUCAAACCGGAGUGCCCGCUGUGCAAGCAGCCCUUCAAGACCAUCAUCCACAAUGUGCGGACUCUGGACGACUACGACCGGUAUCCGGUGCAGACCACAUCGCCCUCCAUGCAGGAGCACGUGCGUUUUCACAUCGUUCGUCGUCCCAGAUACAUGCCACUUGUGCAAAAUCAGGCCGUGAUGACCAACGACAUAGAAGCCGGAGCGGAGAUAGGCGGUGGCGUCUUGGUGGCUAGAGGCGCAGCUGCUGAAGAGGACGUAUUGACCGCCGAGGAGGCAGUUGGAAGCCGACAUACCUACAACCGAUUCGAGCCCUACCGCAUGGAGCUGAUGAACUUCUACCGCCAAGACCAGGAGGCGGCCUCCCCGAACAUCUCCCUAAGCCAGCUGUGGCGGCGGUAUGUCUACGACAGAAAGCUCUACGCGCUGCCCGUUAGCGACAGCAGCACGGGACACUUCCGCCAGUGGAGUGCCCGGUUCUACAGAAACAAUCCCGCCCAGAUGCAUCGCCUGAUGCCGUGGAUCCAACGCGACAUCAUUUGCCUCUUGAGGAAUGCGGCGCACAGCGUCAGUACCGUGAUGCAGCUAAUGAACGACAUCCUGCCGAUGACGAACAUACUAGGGCCCACAUUCCGGCGCCGCUUGUCGCCAUACCUGGGCGACCGCACCAGUCACUUCAUCCACGAGCUUUUCAACUUUGCUCGCUCGCCCUUUGACAUGAUUGGGUACGACCAUGUCGUCCAGUACUCUGCUCGCGUCGCCGAGGAGGUGGAAGUGGACCUCCUGGACAUGGUGGAGACCCAAUCCUCCAAUGGUAGUGAACUCCAUCUAGACGUCGGCGAUGGCGACGCAGACGGCGAGGCCGGAAAUGCAGAGUCAUCGAACGAUUGGAGCGCUGCUGGCGGUCGCCCCUCCACCAGCGUAAUUGUGACUAAUCCCAGUGCCACACAUUCCUUCAGUGUGACGAUGGCCAGUGAUGGCAGUGAGCUGCCGGGCAUAUCCAUCCGCCGCACCGCAACUUCCAAUGUAGGCUCCCAGACGGUGGCCAUCAACCUCAGCAUGCGGCGUCCGGCGGAGCAGGUGGAGGCAGAGCCCGAGGUUAUCGAAAUCGAUGAUGGCGAUGCGGCCGCCAAUGCCGAGGUGGCAGCCAUCAAUGAUGGUAGCAGUUCCAGUCGGAGGAAUGCGGGCGCAGCACUUCCGGUCAGCGCCCACAUUGAGCUCCAGAGCAGCAGCAGUUCCGCCGAUGAAGAUGAGUGCGUCUUUGUCCUGGAGCUGAAACCCCCACACCUGCGCACCCCGGAGCAAGUGAGCCUGGACUCCAACAGUGACUCGGACGUGGUUUUCGUUGACGAGCAGAGAGAACCUUCGGCUACUGCCAAUCCGGAUGCGCCAUCCACAGCGGAAGCGGGCUCCAGGGAUCAGGGCCUGUUUAUGGGACCAAGCACGAGUGCGGCGGCGAAGGGCGGCAAGAACUGGGAGUUGUUGGUGGAAGAGGUGCGCCGGAACGACCAGAGACGGGCCACUCGACUCCGCCAUCUGAGCUAUUUCGGAGCCAGAAGCGUCAGCAACCCCAGCAGCCACAGCAGCUCCAGUUUCAACUUGUCCAGCAACAGCGACGACUCCAGCUCCAGCAGUUCCAACUCUGAGGGCAGAAAGAAGAAGCGGCGCCGACCGAAGGCGACCAAGAAGCGGCCAGCCAAAGUUACCAAGAGGGCACGCCGCAAGCGCAGUCGCCGGCAGGCAGGCCGAAGGAAACCCAGCUCUGAGCAGGAGCAGCGUGAGCAGGAUCUGCCCGCGGAGCAGCCACAGCUGGAGCUGGAGAGCAGCAGUAACUCAGGCAGCUCCAGUGAUGAUGAGUCUGCUGCAGAAAGCAGUGGGACAUUGCGACCCAGCAACAACAACGCUAGCAAGGACACCUCCAGUAGCGAUGAUUCGGAUGACGACAGCACCGAGAAUCUGCAGCUGAGCGCAUUGAGAGCUACCUUGAAAGCGGAGGCCACUUUGGAGGAUCGCAAGCCACUCAAACGAGAGCUACAGCUUCCCGAGGACGAGGAGGAGAAUCAGCAGCCAGGGCCGGCCUUUUCCCAUGAGGCAUUGUCGCUUCAAGGGGACAUCGAGCCCGGAUGCAGUGAACCGAAGCGCCGACGGAGCUGCAGCAAUAGCAACCUGUCCAAUUACAGUUACAGUAGCACAACGGAAAGCACCAGCUCCGCUCCAGUUAACUCCUUUAACUGGCCUCCGGUCAGUUAUGGCAUGGAUCCUCUGGUUCGCGGUGCGGCAAUUGAGGAGCACGACAUAGCCAACUCGCUGAUCGAGCUCUCGACGCUCAAUGGGGCGCAGCGGGACAUGGAUGGAUUGUUUAACGAUCACUCCGAUGGCGUGGAAGAUUCCAUAAGAUUUUUAAGCAACUCCUUGCCGCGCAGAGGAAAUAAUUUAGGAGGCGGAGAUUCCCCUCUGGGUCUUUAUUGCGACGAUGAAAUUGAGACGGAUGGUAGCCAGGAACCGAUGCCCUUGGAGGCAACUAUCGACGUGGUGGGAGAAGCGGAAGUUGAUGCCGCCGAGGAUACGGCUACAGCCAAUGAGGAGCAAGAUGACGAUGACGACGACGAGGAGGAGGAGGAAAACGAGGAAGCGAAUGCAGGAGAUCAGCAGACGAAUGGAGAUGAGGACGAAAAACAGAAUACCGGUGACGAAGAUGAAGACAAAGAUGACAUUGCAGGAGAAGUUGAUGAGGAGGAGGACAACGACGAAGAUUGUGACGACGAUGACGAUGACGGCGAUGAUGACGAUGACGAUGAUGAGGAAGAGGAGGAUCGGAACUCGGAAAACUCUGAUCCCGACGAUAUGGUCGGCUUGGUGUUGGCUUCCCUGGCAUAAGCUAACCUAUUUUAAAGUUUAUUUUAAACGUUGUUUAACUGGUUUCCGUCUUGUCGUGUUCCGAAUCCUAUACCACAAUACCCAAAAACAAAAAUAAGUACAUCUAUAAUGUAUAUGUUUCAGAAGUGACUCGAGUUGCUUUUUAAGUAAGGAGUAAGCUUAAGAUCAUCUUAGUUGUAUCCUAGCGUUAGGAUUGCCAUUUUAAGUUGUACAUAUUCACGUCUAUUCUAAUAUAAAAACAUACAUACAUAUAUAAAUGUAGCCGCAGCAUUAUAAAAACAAAUGUUCUCAUAUAGCCCACCCAUCCCCAAAAUAAUACCCUUUUAAAACUCUGAAGAUAGCCCCAAUCCCCCUGUCCCCACAUCGAUUUGUAAAUGUAUUUAUUUAGGAUUAUCCAUUCAUAAUAUAUGAAAUAACUAAACUUCAUUGCAAGUAUCUUUACAGUUCGUAGCUUAUAAACCAUAGAUAUAGCACACCGAUCAUUUUUGUGGCGAGUGUUAAUGUUUUUUGCAUGGAAGGGCGUGGCCAGUUAAGAUUUUAGUGUACUCAAUAUAUACAAAGAAAUUGAAAACAAAAAACAUACAUAAUACAAAUCAAAUGCAUAAUAAAUGUAAUGAUUAAAUGUAAAA